AUGGCCAACCUUCCUCUAUCACGAAACUGGCCGGAGAUUCGACAGGCUCUAGAACACGCUCGCGAAUGCGAAGAUGGCCCCGUGAAUGCCCAAUCGGCCGCCGUCCUGGAGGCUGCCAUUACCGAACUGUGGAAUCGCAUCCAAGCCCAACCAGAUAGCUAUGUGCUCACGCCAGACGAGUUCGCCCUCUUCAAUUACUUCCUUACCACACGCUACCGUGGCUCGCCCGUCGCCCAGAGCGCCGUGGCUCGUUUCUGGAACAACUACCAAGGAAAUACGAACUACGAUGGCGUUGCCAACUAG